CAUGCACAAUGGCGGGCAGACUAUAUUCCCUUGGGCCGGAUCCUCGAGGGGGAGAUUGCCAAUGAGCUGGCGGCCAGGAAGUGCUUCCUCCAGGGCUGUGACUAUGAGGGCCACCCCGUGUUGGUGGUCUGGGCAGCGCGGCAUGAUAUGGGGAACCGAAGCUUAGAUGAGACGAAGCGCUUCAUCUGCUACUGCCUGGACAACACCAUUGCUGCAUCAGACCUGCGCGUGAAUUCAGGCGGCCAGAUCAAAUGCCUCUUCGACCUGUCAGGGUUGCGCACGAGGAACCUGGAUGUGAAGGCGCUGCAGGCCAUCUUCGAGCUGCUCCAAUCACACUACCCCGAGCGCCUGAACGCGCUUUGGUUCCUUAACGCCCCCCUCAUAUUCUGGGGCGUCUGGCGCCUGGUGCGGCCGUUCAUCCGCACGGACGAGACGCGGAACAAGAUAGCGUUCCUGUCGGGGAGGGACAGGGUGGAGGCCUUGCGCAGCACAAUUCCUCCGAGCGUGCUGCCGGAGGUGUACGGGGGCGAGGCACCACUGGUGCCGCUGGAGGAUGCAGCGCUG